AUGGGCUUCAAGGAGCACCCGUUCUCCUAUCUCAACAGACAGCGUUUCUGGUUCAUCGUCGGUCGCCUCCCUCACCUGUGUUCCCGUACUGCCCUCGUCAUUUCACAAGCAAUGGUCAACGAAGAGAAGUCCUCGCCCCAGCAGGGCGGCGGUCUCCCCCCCUCUUCUACCGCCAUCGAGAAUAAGACUGCGGACCAGGUCACCAAGGACCCGUCUAUCAUGGAGGCCAACGAAGCCAAGGGCGAACUGCUCCCCACUCCGGAGGAGCAGAUUGAUGCCUUGGGAAUCCCGAAUUGGAGAGAGCUGGAGAAAAAGGUCGUCAAGCGCCUUGACAUGACCCUCCUACCUUGCUUGUGGGUUCUGUAUCUGUUCAACUACUUGGACCGCGCUUCAAUCGCACAAGCCCGUCUUAGUUCCCUGGACGAAGACCUUAAUCUUGAGGGCUACCAGUAUGGCACUGCUGUGUCGAUUCUCAGCGUCGGUUAUGUCCUUGGCCAGAUUCCUUCCAACAUGAUCAUCGGAAAAGUGCGGCCCAGUCUCUACCUUUGCUGCAUGGCUUUGAUCUGGUCUAGCGUGUCAGCUGCCACUUGCGGUGUCAAGAACUACCAGGGACUCGUCGCAGUUCGAUUCUUCCUUGGUGUAGUGGAGGCUCCCUUGUUCCCCGGUGCCAUCUAUGUCAUGUCUUGCUGGUACACUCGCAGAGAGAUGGCUCUACGCUGUGCUAUCCUGUACACUGGCCAGACGCUUGCUUUCUGCACAGCAGGUCUGAUCGCGGCGGCCGUGUUCGGAACUCUCGAAGGGAAACAUGGCCUGGCCGGCUGGCAGUGGCUUUUCAUCGUACUCGCUACUGUCGGCGCCGGUCUCGCGAUGAUCGCCCUGUUCAUUCUUCCCGAUUACCCAGACUCGACCACCGGCAGCGCACGUUGGUCCAUGACGGAGGAUAUGCGCAAGGUGGCUGCCGCCCGCAUCCUGGCCGAUCGUGUGUCCACCUCCGAGGCCAAGGCCGGAGUCUGGGCCGGACUGAAGAUGAGCAUCUUCGACUACAAGAUGUGGUUCCUCGUCGGCCUGAACAUCGGUAUUUCGGCAGCCUACGGCUUCUCCAACUUCUUCCCGUCCAUCGUCCGGGGGUUCGGCUACAACAGAACCAUCACCCUCGUCCUUACGGCGCCGCCCUACAUCUUUGCGGCCCUUGGGUCUCUGGUGAACGCGUGGCACUCGGAUCGAACCAAAGAGCGCGGCUACCAUUUUGCUGGCCCGAUCGCAAUUGGUUGUAUCGGAUACAUCAUUUGCCUGGCUACCGCGGACAGGAAUGCCAGAUAUGGCGCGAGCUUCAUCUACGUGGGCGGCAUGUACAUCGCCAACCCAUUGGUUUCCACGUGGACGUCGAACACCAUGGGAAGAACGCCGGAAAAGCGUGCCAUCUCGGUGGCGCUCGUCAACGUCCUCGGACAGAUUGGUAACUUGAUUGCCCCCUACUUCUUUGACGACUCCGACGAGCCGCGCUACCGGCUGGCUUUCAUCAUGAUGAUGGUUAUGGGUCUUUUUGCAUGCGCGAGCGCAAUGGGCCUGAAGUUCUACCUCUACCGCGCCAACAAGAGGUUGUACCGGGACGCUGUUCGGAACGGGACGGUCUACAAUCCUUACGUUAUGUAG